AUGCAACCUUCAACAUUACAGCUUGUGCAGAACUCUGGAAACUUGCCUAUGGUGGCCAAACCUUUAUAUGGGAUCUUGUCUGAUUUUCUUUAUAUUGGUGGUGCUCACAGGAUCCCUUAUGUUUCAAUUGGAGUCCUUUUGCAGGUUUUAUCUUGGGGCUCAUUGGCUGUAAUCCCAGUUGCAAGUGAAGCUCUUCCAGCUCUCGUGGCUUGCGUGCUUGUUACAAAUCUCGGAGCAUCUAUUGCAGAAGUUGCGAAAGAUGCACUUGUUGCAGAGUAUGGCCACAAAAACAAGAUUCUAGGACUUCAGUCUUAUGCAUUUAUGGCCUUGGCAGUGGGUGGAGUUUUAGGAAAUUUACUGGGUGGAUUUUUCUUAUUGAAAACCCAACAAACAAAAUCCAUGUUCCUAGCCUUUGCAGCUUUGCUGACAGUUCAACUCACCAUCUCUCUAAAAACAAAAGAAGAGUCCCUUGGUUUAGCUCAACCUUUGAAUUAUUCUCUUGUGAGGGAAUCAAUCUCAGAAAGUAUCAGAAAACCGUUUUCCGAUCUUAUGAUGGCGGUUAAAGAAGAGAGAAUAUUGCAUCCUCUUCUCUGGGUUGUUUCUUCUAUCGUGAUGGUCCCAAUCCUAUCAGGUUCUAUCUUUUGCUAUCAAACUCAAUUUCUAAAUCUUGAUCCAUCAGUUAUUGGAAUGUCACGGGUGACUGGGCAGCUGAUGCUUCUUUCUUUGACUUUACUCUAUAAUCGGCUGGGGAAAAGUUUUCCCAUGAGAAAAUUAGUUGGAAUUGUGCAGUUCUUAUAUGCAUUUUCCCUUCUUCUUGAUCUGGUACUUGUUAAACAAAUCAACGUUCAACUGGGAAUCCCGAAUGAAGUGUUUGCUCUCUUCUUUUCAGGCUUGGCCGAAACUGUUGCACAAUUUAAGCUCUUGCCGUUCUAUGUGCUUUUUGCAAAUUUGUCUCCACCUGGUUGUGAAGGAUCUCUAUUGUCUUUCUUAGCGUCUGCCUUGUGUUUAUCGUCUAUAAUUAGUGGGUUUUUCGGGGUUGGAUUGGCUUCUUUUCUUGGUAUAACAUAUGGUGAUUACUCGAGCCUUCCUCUUGGAAUUAUGAUGCAGUUUCUUGCAGCUUUACUGCCACUUUGUUGGAUUGAUUACGUGCCAAUGUCACUUCCUGCAGCCGAAAAGGCUAGGAAGAGAGGUAGAAAUAAAAGGAGUCGAAGAAAUAGAAGGAUAGGAAAAGUGGUGUUUGAUUCAGCAUAUUCUUAUCGGCGGGAAAGAGAAUCCGAUAUGUAG